CUGGACGCGCCUGUGAGUUCUGGCCUUGCUCGUCACAACACCUACCUCCAGGAAUGCACAGGUCAUCGGGACAUCGGAUACGUGUCUACGUGCCACGACCUGAAGUUGCUCAUUUUGCGCUUCGCGCUGGAACGGUCUUUCAGUGAUGAGUCUGGUGGAGGUGGCUCCCAAUCCAAUAUGCACUUCCUUCCAUAUCUUCUUUAUGCAGCGCUUUACGUCUUAAAUACGACACAUUCCUGGAGUCGCGAAGAGAAAAACCUGAGAAGUUUUCUGGAAACUGCCCGAGGAGAAAAAUGGGUGGAGAAUCAUGUCGAAUCCGAUAGCGCCUUCUAUUACACGACUUUGUCUCUGCUUCUGCAGAGCUGCCAGCGCUGGAAUACGAAUCGGCUAACCUACCUUGGUCGCCUUUUGGUGACGGCACAUUGCCGUGCCCAUCAGUCAAAGGGAAGCGACCAACGUCAUGAAAAACAGAUACUUGAUUACAGUGUUUAUAAACCUGCACUCGUCUUUUUUUCGAUCGUCAACGGAAUUUUCAACAUUGUAUUGAAGAACGUAACAGUGGGAGAAAUUGACGCUGACUGGCCUGGAACAGUAGCCGAAUAUAUUCGUCACAACGACGAAGCCGUUUUAAGGGCCACUGACAAACUACUCAACGCGUAUCAAAAUGAUUUUCUGACUUGCGGCUCAUUUGACGAAUUUUGCGAUGUUGCUGGUUUAUUAGAGGAUAUUCCAUCUCCCGAUGAAUUCAUCCGAGGUUUACUCCAAGGCAUACCUUAACAAACGUCUACGUUACGUUUUAAGCAUCUAUAUUAUUAAAAUUAGUCUUGUGUAGUUUUGUUUUUGUCUUUCUUUCGCUUGAAAAAAAUACUGUUCUGACAGGA